AGUUGUAUAACAUGUGACGAGGCAUGUGUUAGGGGGGGUGGGGGGUGUCGCCAGACUGAUACCCCGGGCAUGACCAGAUAGCCUCACACUUGUACUCUGUGCAGCUCACCACACGCACUCAUUCAGUGAAGGUCACCACCUACUCGGCACACGUUGUUACUCUUGCUGCUAGAGAAGGAGGAGGAGACAAGAGGAGAGGAAAAGAAAAAUAUAGUACUAUAGAGAGGAAAGAGAGGGGGCAAGUGAGCCCCCCAGCUUAGCCCAGUGUGCAGAACAAGAGGCCAUCAUGACUGACCCGCUCUCCCCUGAGCUGCUCGCUCAGUACAGGAGAGAUGGAUGUGUGUGUGUGCCGGGGUUCUUGACAGAGGAGGAAGCUGACAGUCUACGGGCAGCUUGCAGCCGUCUGGUGGAUGACAUGGACCCUGCCCUACAUACCCCAACCAUCUUCUCCACCACCGACCACAACCAAUCCCGUAGCUCCUACUUCCUUGAAAGUGGUGACAAGGUGCAUUUCUUCUUUGAACAAGGAGCACUGGACAACUCGAAACUGAAAGUGGACAAACAUUUGGCCCUCAACAAGAUAGGCCAUGCCCUCCACUGGCUGGUACCAGAGUUCAAGAAAGUAUCCUUCUCAACCAAGAUGAAGAGAGUUGCCAGGCAACUUGGCUUUGUGUCUCCGGCUGUUGUUCAAUCAAUGUAUAUCUUCAAACAGCCAGGCAUUGGGGGAGAGGUCACACCUCACAAGGACAGCACCUUCCUGUCAACGGAGCCACAGAGCUGUAUAGGAUUCUGGUUUGCUCUGGAGGAUGUUACCUUAGAGAAUGGCUGCCUUUGGUUCAGUCCGGGAUCCCACAAGUGCCCCACCACCCGCAGGUUUAUCCGAAACCCUGACAAGACGGGCGAUCUGACCUGCUUCACUGCUCCUCCUGACCCUGAUGACCCCACCAAGUACAUCCCCAUCCCUGUCCCAAAAGGUACGCUGGUGCUCAUUGAUGGCCAAGUGGAUCACAAGAGUGAGAAGAAUACCUCCCCAAAAUCCCGCCACAUUUAUACCUUUCAUGUCAUCGAACGUCACAAUACAACCUGGGAUCCAAAUAACUGGCUCCAGCCCACUCCACAGAUGCCAUUCACUGGACUUUAUGAAAAUGAGCCUUAAACUAUUGCCAUUUAACAGCACAAAUGGAUAUUGAAAUUUAACCAACAAGGAUGUGUAUGUUAGGAAGUGUAACAGAAAGGUAGACACUAAGAAACAAGUCUUUUUAUAGGAUAUUUUGUUCAGAUGUAAACAAAAUUCAAUUAAAAUUUGUGUAGGUCUCUGUGGAAAGAAUGUCAUUGUGAUAAUGUCUCAGAGAUACUGCUUUGGUUUUACUUACAGUAUACAAAUCAGCUCAUCUCUCUCAUCUCAUUUCCAGAGAGCACAUUUUCAUUACCUCAUUUUCAAGGGGUGGGGAAACUUGCAAGUAUUUAGGAGAUAUAAACCAAUAGACAUGGUAUGUCUUGAAGAACUUUAUUUUUGUUCCUUAAUAUUACACACAGUUUACUCUCACUGCACAAAUCUACACAUUGAAGAACAUGUGUAAAUUAAUGUCCAAGCUUCCUUAACAAUUGUAAACUCAAAAAUAAUACUCAUAGAGAGAGGGAUAAAGUGCCAAGCCAGUCCAACUAUACAGCACUUGGAAGAGAGACGAAGACAAGGAGCUGGGAUAAGAAGGAGGGAAGGAAUGGUGCCCAACCAUUUGGACCAUCGGGGAUAUCACAAGAAGCGAGAUCUCUGCUGUUCCAACGACUCCAUGUGGUGAGGCGAGCAGAUGUGGUAUGAAAAUAUACAACACAAAGGAUAACCUGCCUGGGAGUAGGUAAAAGGAAGCUUCACAGCGAGGCCGACUGAGAGACUGUCAGUGUGUCGAUCUGUUACUAUGCAAAAUCUUGCGUCGUUUCCAAAAUUUCAUUCGUGUAGGUCUCUGUGGAAAGAAUGUCAUUGUGAUAAUGAAACAGAGAUACUGCUUUGGCCCCACCUACAAUAUACAAAUCAGAUCAAAACCAACCCACUGAUGAAACAGGAUGCAAAGUUUAUGUAAUCAAAUGCCCUAAUUAACAGCUUAACUGUAAUGAUAUAUUUUAAACUCAACUGUCCCUGAUACAAUAUAAAAUAUACAGUACUGUAUUGAACAAAUACCAUGCAAAUAAAAAAAUAGCUUU